AUGUCGGUCAACAUUGCGACCAGCGCGCGCCUUUCUUCGUCGCCGUUCAGAUCUGUCUACCCUGGAUCCGCGACGCUUCACGCGCCAGACUCCGUCGCCGUCUGGCAAUCUUCGCCGCCCAAGCCUGCCUCGAACGCGUCGGCCUAUUGCGACUUUGAUGUUGAAGAGCUGUCAGAGAACGAUCUGGACUAUCGCGAUAAUGCUCAAGUCCUACAUCCCUACGAGCUGGAGGAAGUCGAAACUCCUGCCCCAGAUCGCAAGCUUGAAAGCUCGUCUGACGAUAUGAUCGCGGAGGACGAUGGAGAGGAAACCCAAGACUCCGACUCUGCUGCUUUCGCCCGCAGACUACGUCGCAUGCGCUGGAAACCUGCAUCUCGCCCUUACUCCUUCACUCGUCCGUCACCUGCCCAACCAAACUCCCGCAAACGAUUGCGUUCAGAAGUCCCAGAUACCGACACCGAUUCAGACGGCUUAGACAGCCCAUACACCCGCUCUGAACCGCCGAGAGCACGCCGACGUAUUCGAGGGCCUGAGGAUACGUCUGUUGUCACCACACCUUCAUACCCGAGUGAAGCCUCCACUCCACAAGCACCUGCCAGUACCUUGCCCAACGAUCCCAUGGACAUUGAUGAACGAGUCCCUUGA